AUGGCCUGGGAAGAACCUCGGAAGACGGGCAUGCAAUACCGUCGCCUGGGAAACUCUGGCCUGCAUGUCUCGGUGUUGGGCUUGGGUGGAUGGCUCACGUUUGGCGGUCAUGUCGAGAACGAGCUUGCCUUCUCAUGCAUGAAGCAAGCCUAUGACUGCGGCAUCAACUUCUUCGACACUGCUGAGAGCUACGCCGCAGGCCAGUCCGAAGUCGUCAUGGGCCAGGCCAUCAAGAAAUACAACUGGAAACGCAAUGACAUUGUCAUCAGCACGAAGCUGAAUUGGGGAGGUGCUAAUGGUGAAGUGCUGGUCAACAACCAUGGACUAAGCCGCAAGCACAUCAUCGAAGGCUUGCGCGCCUCACUGAAGCGGCUGGACUUGGAGUAUGUCGACAUUGUGUAUGCGCACCGGCCCGACCGCCUGACGCCCAUGGAAGAGACGGUCCGCGCAUUCAACCACGUCAUCGAGCAGAAAGGAUGGGCCCUUUAUUGGGGAACAAGCGAGUGGUCAGCCGACGAAAUCGCCGAAGCUUGUGGGAUUGCGAAACAGUUGGGCCUUAUUCCGCCUGUUGUCGAGCAACCGCAGUAUAGCCUGCUGGCAAGGAAGAAAGUGGAGGGCGAGUUUCAGCGGUUGUAUGCCCGCUUCGGCAUUGGCUUGACGACCUUCUCGCCCCUGAAGUUUGGCUUGUUGACCGGGAAGUAUGAUGACAGUCCUGAUGCGCCCCCUCCUGGGUCCCGGUUCUCGGAAACCAGAGACAAAUUUGGGGACUUCGUGAGGAACUCGUACCAGAACACCGAAUGGCAGGAUACAAUCAGGAAGGCAAAGGAACUGAAGCCAAUUGCAGAUGAACUGGGCAUAACUCGGUCUCAACUUGCACUGGCAUGGUGCUUGAAGAACCCGAACGUGUCUGCCGUUAUCACCGGGGCAUCGCGGCCGGAGCAGGUUGUUGAAAACUGCCAGGCAUUGAAGGUACUCGAGAGACUCACGCCAGAAGUCAUGGCUGAGAUUGAUGGUAUAGUUGGGAAGAUCGAGCGAGAUCCAGCGAGACAAGACUAG